GGUCUCAUCCAAAUCGAUUAAUCGCUAUCUUUGUUUUAGUUAUUACAUGUGGUCUCUGUUGUUAAAGUAAUGUAGCCGGUGUUUACAUAGUUAAGAAAAUUAGUUAUUAUAUAUUAUUAUAAAUAUGCAGGCUUCUGACGUUUUAGGAAUGGAUCCAGAUACUAGCAAAACUCCUGAAAAGAAGAAGAAAAAGAAGUCAAAGACUCUUGGAGAAAUACAAUGCGAAGAAAAUUUUAUGCUUUCUCCCUCUGAAAAGCCAGCCACAUUAAACAGUUGUGAUUGGCCAUUACUGUUAAAGAAUGUUGACAGAUUAAAUGUCAGGACUAAUCACUACACACCUAUUCCAAGUGGAUGUUCACCUCUUCAGAGAGAAAUCCGUGACUAUAUUACGUCAGGUUUUAUUAAUUUGGACAAACCUUCCAAUCCAUCAUCACAUGAAGUUGUGGCAUGGUUAAAGCGAAUAUUAGAAGUUCCAAAAACUGGUCACAGUGGUACCCUUGACCCAAAAGUUACUGGGUGCCUGGUUGUUUGUAUUGGUAGGGCCACUCGUCUUGUUAAGUCACAGCAAGGUGCGGGAAAGGAGUAUGUUGCCAUUUUCAAGUUGCAUAAUUCUGUUGAAGAUCCUGUUAAAGUUAGCAAGGGUCUUGAAUUGUUGACUGGAGCUUUGUUUCAAAGACCACCUCUCAUUUCUGCUGUUAAAAGACAAUUGCGUAUAAGGACAAUUUAUGAAGUUAAGCUGUAUGAGUUUGAUAUGGAAAAAAAUUUAGGUAUAUUUUGGGUGAGCUGUGAAGCAGGUACCUAUGUGAGGACCAUGUGUGUUCAUUUGGGCUUGGCCUUAGGUGUUGGUGGUCAGAUGCAAGAACUAAGAAGAGUUCGUUCUGGUAUUCAAAGUGAAAAGCAAAGUCUAUACACAAUGCAUGAUGUUUUAGAUGCCAUGUAUGUGUACAAUAACCACAAAGAUGAAUCUUAUCUACGAAGAGUUAUUCAACCACUUGAGGGAUUGCUUGUGACCCAUAAAAGAGUUAUUGUGAAAGAUUCUGCCGUAAAUGCUAUCUGUUACGGUGCAAAAGUGAUGUUGCCUGGUGUUCUUAGGUAUGAAGACAACAUUGAAUUGAACCAAGAAAUAGUAAUUAUGACAGUUAAAGGUGAAGCUAUCGCUUUGGGUAUUGCAUUAAUGACCACAUCCACUAUUGCAAGUUGCAAUCAUGGAGUCAUUGCAAAACUCAAAAGAGUUGUAAUGGAACGAGACACAUAUCCACGAAAAUGGGGGUUAGGACCCACAGCCACCUUAAAGAAAAAAAUGGUAAAGGAUGGCUUGUUAGACAAGUAUGGUAAGCCAAAUGAAAAUACUCCUGCUGAUUGGAGUUCAGUAUAUAGUGAUGUUAAAGUCAAAAGUGAAGUUGCUACGCCUGUUGCAAAAAUUCGAGAAGUCAAAGUUGAAACGUCCACUCCUAUGAAG